AUGGGAAAUGGGAAAAUGGAUAGUUUAUCUGCACUAUGUCGGCGCAAAAAAUGGAUGGGCGCGACCAGACCCGCGAUGCGUCGUCCGUUCCUGGCUCCUUCAGGCGUCUCCACUGGUUGUCUGUUCAACAACAGGCAGGGUGAGGCAGCAGUAGUGGCGGGGAAAGCGGAUGUGUUGGAAGGAUAUGGAAUCGGACCUUCGGAGGCAGAAACCAUCGAUGCCCAUCCGUGGAUCGGAAGGAGGGUGCCGGAUCCACCAGGGCCGAUUUCUCUCGCUCAAAAAGGCAACUUCAUCGCUCGUCUUAUGCCAGAAUCCCCGAUUACUAACUGUACUUCCCAUCUUCCAUCAUCCGUGAAGGUUGCUAUUUCCACGGGACCAAAGGGGCCAGCUGAACCAGAGUCCCCUAACUUGGCCAGCCUCACUACUGCAAUGGGUCUAGUCGGCGACACCAGUCACAUCCCCACCCGGGGAUAG